AUGUUGUUCAGUUGGAAAUCGUUGGGACUCGUCGCCGGGACUGCGACGGUGACGGCGGCUGCAGCAGUUGCCUCCUCUCAGACUUCGACUUCCUCUUCAGUCGCGCGAUAUCCUUAUGGCCUUCUUCCAACCCGCAAUCUUCCCGCGUGGCGCAAAGACAAGACAUGUCUCACCACCGCGCCCUGGUCGGACGCAUCUCCCUCGGGUGAUCCGCCUAACACGGGCGUCACGCGGUACUACAACUUCACCAUCGCGCGGGGGACCGUUGCGCCGGACGGAGUCUCCAAAGAUGCCAUCCUGAUCAACGGGCAGUUCCCCGGGCCGAUGAUCGAGGCCAACUGGGGGGACAUGAUCGAGGUGACGGUGCGCAACGAGAUCUACGACGUCGAAGAAGGCACGACCCUGCAUUGGCACGGAUUGACGCAGAAGAAGACGCCGUGGGAGGACGGAGUGCCGGGGGUCACGCAGUGUCCCAUCAUCCCCGGGGGCAGCUUCACCUACCGCUUCCAAGCCGAUCAGUAUGGCACGAGCUGGUACCACUCCCACUUCAGCGCCCAGUACACCGACGGGGCCUACGGGCCGAUGAUCAUUCACGGCCCCGUGCAGCCCGGGGCCGAGUACGACCUGGACGUGGGCCCGGUGAUGAUCGCGGACUACACCUACCUCGACUACUACUCGGUGCUCGAGGAGAUCCUCUCCAUCCCGCCCAGCUUCCCCAACGUGGACAACAACCUGAUCAACGGCCACGGGGCCAACGGCACGGGGACGGGCUACGCGCGGUUUAACUUCACCUCGGGCAAGAAGCACCGGCUGCGGCUGCUGAACACGGGGGCCAACGCGAACCAGAAGUUCAGCAUCGACGGGCACACGAUGACGGUGAUCGCCAACGACUUCGUGCCGGUGCAGCCGUACACGACCGAAGUGGUGACGCUGGGCGUGGGCCAGCGCACCGACGUGAUCGUCGAAGCCACGGGCCAGCCGACGGACGCGUACUGGAUGCGUGCCACGCUGGACAUGUACUGCCUGAACAACACCGCGACGUACGAGACCGCGCAGGCGGCGAUCUACUACGAGCAGGCCAACCCCCAAGCCUUGCCGACCAGCGGGUCGACGGCGACGUGGGUAAGCAACAACUGCCGCAACGACCCGCUGAACACGACGGUGCCGUACUACGCGCAGACGCCGCCGGCGACGCCGGCCCUGACGGAGACGCUCGAGGUGACGAUGGGGGUCAACGCCUCAGGGAACUACCUCUUCUUCGUGAACAACUCGACCUUCCGGGCCAACUACAACACGCCGCUGCUGCUGCUGGGCCGCACCGGCAACUUCUCCUACCCGGAGAGCCCGGAUCUGAACAUCUACAACCUCGGGGCCAACAGCUCCAUUCGCCUGGUCAUCUACAACGUCUUCGCCAUGCAGCACCCCAUGCACCUGCACGGCCACAACUUCUGGGUGCUGGCCGAGGGCCGCGGCACGUGGGACGGCACCAUCACCAACCCGGCCAACCCCCAGAGCCGCGACACGCAGGUCCUCCAGCCGGGCAACCCCGAGGACCCUGCCUACCUGGUCCUGGAGUGGCAGCUCAACAACCCGGGCACCUGGCCGCUGCACUGCCACAUGUCCUUCCACGUGAGUGCGGGCUUGCUGAUCAACGUGGUGGAGCAGCCGGAUGCGAUCCAGAACCUGCAGAUUCCCAAGACCAUGGCCCAGACGUGUCGCGACUGGGCUUACUUCAGCGGGCAUGAGUUUGUGGAUGAAAUCGACUCGGGAGUGUGA